AUGGGGAGAUCCAAAAAGUCCCACGGCCAGCAACAUGGCUCUCGAGGCGGGAAGAGAAUGGGCAAUUUUUUCAGGGUGUCAACACAGAACAAGGGGACUAUUAGCAAGAAACCUCACGACAAAGGCAGUAAACGGCAUCAAUUGCAAAAGAAUCAAAGACCGGUUGUCCCAUUUUUACCUUCUGAUAGGAUAUUGCUUGUCGGUGAAGGAGAUUUCUCGUUUGCCCUCUCGCUAUCAACCCACCAUGGUUGUAAACGCAUGUUGGCAACAUGCUACGAUAGCGAGAGCACGCUGUAUGAAAAAUAUCCUCAGGCGAAGCAACAUAUUAAUCAACUUUGUGCUUCAAAGUUCGCGAACUCGGCUCGAGGAUUGAAGCGGAAACGAGGCGGCACGCCUACUUCAGAAGAUGGACCAGGAUCGAACGGCGAACAGACUACACAAGCCGCCAAUCCGGCGCCUAAUGCAGAUAAAUUAUCGCCCAAAGUCCUCUUUUCAAUUGAUGCAAAGAAAUUGGGGCUGACGGGAGGUGGCGGGAAAGUCAUUCGCAAAGGUUUUCCUUGCCUCUACCAUCGCCGAACUAGCACACAACAGCAGCGAAGCUUCAAACCAAAAACGGACAAGGAGCGUGAUGCUGAUGAAAGUGGACCGUGGGACAUUAUAUGCUUCAACUUCCCGCACGUUGGUGGGCUUAGUACGGAUGUGAAUAGGCAGGUUCGAGCAAACCAGGAGCUCCUUGUUUCUUUCUUCAAGGCGUGUGUUCCACUCUUGUCAGCACCUCCGUUAAGCGGUGCUGGGAAUUUAUCUGAUGAAGAGGAUGAAGAGUAUGAGGGUUUUAGCGGUGGCUCAGAUAGCGGCGAAGAUCCUGUGGAGUGUCGAAAAUUACGAACGGAACCCGGACAGAUCAUUGUUACGCUGUUUGAGGGAGAGCCGUAUACUUUAUGGAACAUCCGCGAUCUUGCACGCCAUGCUGGCUUAAGAGUUGUCACGAGCUUCAAGUUCCCAUGGGCCAGCUACCCGGGAUAUUCCCAUGCGAGAACUCUAGGGGAGGUGGAAGGAAAGGAUGGGGAGAGGGCAGGAUGGAAAGGUGAGGACAGAGAGGCAAGGAGCUAUGUAUUUGAACGGAAAGGCUUCGAGGGCUUGGUUCGAGAUACGGGGAAGAGAAAGAAAAAGAAGGGCGGGAGUGACGAUAGCGAGAGCGAUUGA